AUGGGCGCGGCCGCAGUAAUGGAGAGGAAGAGCCGGGCAAUGGCGACCCUCUUGAUAUUCAUGGUUCUCCUCGGUGGGUUUUCCCCUGCAUCCGCCGCUCAUCCUGCACCGGCGAGUGAGUACCUUUCCCUCCGAUUCUCUGGUUUUCAGGGUUUUUCUGAUAUUUCCCCCUAUCUGUUGUGACAUCAGAAGAUACUUUUGCAGGGAUCGUCAGUGGGUUCGUCUCCAACGCCCUUGCUGCACUAAUGAAGUGGCUGUGGUCGCUGAAGUCCACCACCAAAAUCAAUGGUUGGUCUAAUUCUUCUCUUGCUUUAUCUCUCCAUCCCCCUCCUACCUUUCUCGCCAUCUUCUUCGCUACAUUGCCGUCGCUGUCGCCGCUUAAGGAUAAUUUUGGGGUUUUAGUCUGAACGGCUAGGGUUUGUCGUCGCAGCGAUCUCCGGCCGAUCGAUGAUGAAGUUCGAGAGUGGGUACACGGUGGAGACAGUGUUCGACGGGAGCAAGCUGGGAAUCGAGCCCUUCUCAGUGGAGGCCACUCCGACCGGCGAGCUACUCGUUCUGGACUCCAUCAACAGCAACAUCUACAGGAUCUCACCGCCGCUGUCCAGAUGUGAGCUCUCUGCGAUCUCCAUUUUUGAACCGCGGCUCUUCCCUCUGGUUAAACCCUCUUUUUUUGAUCUCACUGCGAAGUUGAUCGACCCGAUUCUUCUCCGGCUUCUUUGGCGAAUCUGGGCCAGCGACCUCCUCUUCAGUUAUUUUCUUGUUGUAGAUUUCUUUGAAUCUGUUGCGUGAUCGGGCACCGUCUUCAGCUGAGGUCUCUGUCCUAGGGUUUUGUCUCUUUGAUGGUGAUUGCAGGCCUUCACGUCGUUGUCAGAAUUUCCUCAUGGUGAAUUGGGUUUUUUCCGCUGGAAAAGUCAACUCGUCCUAGUUGUUCUUCCUCCCGUAUCCGUACUCCGUCUCUCAUCGACCCUUUUCAUCUAAAUACCCUCACGAAUCUGAGGUUUUCCGACAUAUUUGUGCUGGAAAAGUCAACUCAUCUCAAUUGUUCUCCCUCUUAUUUCUCCUUUUUCCCAUCCUUUUUUCUAAAACUUCUCCUGCUACCUCUUCCAGCUUCCCUUCCCCUUUAUGGAGGAUAAUGCUCUCAGUCAAUGUCACAAUUCCCCUGCUUUGGCCCGCUGAAUUAUUAUUUUAUCCAUUUCACUAAUCCGUAGGAAGUAAAAAAUAAAUCUCCCUCUCUCUGCAUGAUUUGGAUGGAGGGGAGCAGACAGUCGGCCGAGGCUGGUUGCAGGCUCAUCGGAGGGGAAUGCUGGACACGUUGAUGGGAAGCUGCGGGAGGCGAGGAUGAACCAUCCCAAGGGCUUCACGGUGGACGAUCGGGGAAACAUCUAUGUCGCCGACACCAUGAACAUGGCGAUCAGGAAGAUCAGCGAUACAGGUGAAUUGAAGGCCGCCCGACGGACUUUCAUGCCUGAUUUUAUUCAUGCAAAAUAAGGUUUAUUCACAUUCAGGAGGAAAUAAUUUUUAAUUGAUAAUGGGUGCGAGGCGAUCUUCCUGGGCUGAUUUUUCUUGUCCAAUAAAAUUGAUUCACCUCUGAGAAGAGUUGUCUUUUAUUUUAUUAUAUGAAGAUUGAUUCCAUUAAACCGACUGAUUUAAUUUGAUCUGCUGAAUCGAUUCACAUCUGGGAAGAUAGUUUUGUUUGGCAAUGGGAAGCUGAUAUAGCCUCUGUUCUGGACUCCUCUCUCUCUCUCUCUCUCUCUCUCUCUCUCUCUCCCUGAAGAUGACAUUUUCGAACACCAAAGAAUCUUUGUUGAACCAGGCUCCAGAGAUUUUCUCCAACAUUUUCUGGGUUAUCCUGUCUUCCAAUUCAACAAUUCCUCGGAUUUGGUCUGUUGCAUCAUUGCUCACUCUAUUUUAUUUUAUUCUAGAAAAAUAAAACUAUCACCUAUGGUCAGAAAAUAUUCUUCUGGGAGAUCACUUAUGCUCGAUAUGGCUUAAUGCACGUAUAAGUCUCCAACAACUGCACCAGUUAAGAUUUAAUGUGUUAUUUUCUUCUAUUGACGGCAUAUGCUGAUCAUGAAGAGCAUCGAGCAUUAAUACUAAUCUGCUGGAGCUUGAUCUUUCUGGCGUAUGAACACUCCUUCAGGAGUGACUACCAUCGCUGGAGGCAGCAAGUGGAGCAAAGGUGGGCAUGUCGAUGGGCCGAGCGAGGACGCAAAGUUUUCCAAUGACUUUGAGGUGGUCUACAUUGGCAGCAGCUGCUCCCUCCUCGUCAUCGAUCGGGGAAACCAGGCAAUCCGAGAGAUUCAGCUCAAUUUCGAUGACUGUGCCUACCAGUACGGCUCCGGAUUCCCUCUGGGUAAGUCCCAAAGCCUCAUCCUAUCUCUGAGAACUUAUGCUUCCGAGCCAGCAGGCUCAAGAGCGGCAAAAGGUUCAAGGUUCAAGGUUCUUGAUGAAUCAAUCUUCUGUGUUGUUGCAGGGAUUGCGGUGCUCAUCGCCGCCGGUUUCUUCGGCUACAUGCUCGCACUGCUGCAACGGCGGGUGGGCGGCAUGGUCUCUUUGAAACCAGUGAGCGCCAUAAAUUAUUUUUUUUCCAAAUCUUAUGAUUUUCUUGGUUUAGGAGAAAUCUUGUUCUGGGUUAAUCUGCUCAAGAAUGGUGUGCUGGGACCUCUGGUUGGCUUAUGUUGCAGGAACAGAGAGCACCAACAAAGCCAGGCAUGCCGCCAAGCCCAUACCAGAAGCCCUUCAGCACCUCAGUCCGGCCACCGCUGAUUCCGCCGGAGGGUGAACUGGAGAAACCCGAGGAGGAGGGGCUCUUCACCUCGAUCGGGAAGCUCAUUGCUGGUGCCGUCUCCUCGGCAACGGAGAUCUUCAGGGUAUUCUCAGGCCUCAGGCGGAGGCCGCAGAGUCUCCAGCACCAGGGGCCGCCUCUCCAGCAGCAGUGGCGGCAGAACGCAUGGCCCAUGCAAGAGAGCUACGUUAUCCAGGAUGAGGAUGAGCCGCCGCCUCCCCCCGUGGAGGUGCGAACGCCAACACCGCGCAAGACCUACGCGUUCAUGGCCAAGGACCCAGAGAAGAUCCACCACCUGAAGCAGGGCCGGGCCUACUUCGGAAGCUGGGAGGGGGAGCGGCAGCAGCAGGUGCUGCAGCAGCGGCACUACUCGUCGGGGCCACAGACCGUCUACGAGAGGAGCUGCGAGACGACCAAUGAGAUCGUCUUCGGGGCGGUGCAGGAAGCCGAAGGGCGGCGGGCAGUGGAGAUCAAGGCUGUGAAUUAUGGGGACCCAGCGUACGACCAGCCAGGCCCACGGUACAGGAUGAACUACAUGGGAUACGGCCAUGGGUAUUGA